UCUUCAUGGGGACACAGGGACGAUGGAUCAUAGGAGGUCAGCCAGAGGGGCUCAGGGAAACACGGAGAAAUGGAGCUAUCCAGACGCUCCGCAUCCCAGCUGCAGGUCCCUGUGAUGAGGUCUUCAGGCUGAGAGCUCAGAAUGAGACAAUGGACAUUCACUGCGAUACGGUCACCAGAGCAGCGACAGAAGAUUCCUGGGCUGUUGCUUUUAUUUCUUACUCCACCCUGGGCUCCAUCACUAACAAGAGAUUUCUCGACGAGGGAGAUCUAACGGCUGAUGAGAAAUUGAGGAAUUUUCACCUGAAUUCCAGGGUGGUGAGUGGGGCUGUUGGCAAUGGGAGGCCCAUGAACCUCCUCAAACCUGUGAACUUCACCCUGCGCCAUAGACAGGCAAAGAAAAGGGAGGAAGAGGCUCACUGCAUUGACUGGAAAUUCAUCGCUGGGAACGGCAGCUGGGUGGAGGAUGGCUGCAUCACUCUCCACACGAACAGCACUCACACCAUCUGCAGCUGUGACCAUCUCUCCAGCUUCGCACUCCUUAUGGGUCACACUGGAGAUAAAGGGAGAAAACACCUGCUGGGUUUAGAUGACACCAUUAAAUCCCUGAAUGAGACUCCACAGAUAAAAGAGCAGUUCGAGACGUGCAAAAAUGGCCCUCUGCAGGGCAACAACAGUGAAUUUUGCUCCUUCAUGAAUUUAAUCUUAGUGACUUUGAAGACCAUGUGUGCAGAGGACAGAGCAGUAUCGCUGGAGGAAGUUGCUCGACCCUUUGGUUCCUUCCUGAAUAGCUCCACCCUCAUUGCUGGUGGGAAGGAGAGCGAGGGGGAGGUGGCCUCCGCCGUGACAUUUCUCCUGCAGAGUGUGGAAUUGGCUGCACUGAUGGCUGCUUUGAAGUCUCCGGAGAAUAGGACCCAGAUCGUGACAACAAAGUCUAUGGCUAUCGAGACGCUCGUUGUGCCGGCUGCAGGUCCCUGUGGUGAGGUCAGGCUGAGAGCUCAGGAGGAGACAAUGGACAUUCACUGCGAUACGGUCACCAGAGCAGCGACAGAAGAUUCCUGGGCUGUUGCUUUUAUUUCUUACUCCAACCUGAGCUCCAUCUUUAACAAGAGAUUUCUCAACGAGGGAGAUCUAACGACUGAUGAGAAAUUGAGGAAUUGUCACCUGAAUUCCAGGGUGGUGAGUGGGGCUGUCGGAGAUGGGAGGCCCAUGAACCUCCUCAAACCUGUGAACUUCACCCUGCGCCAUAGACAGGCAAAGAAAGAAGAGGAAGUGGUGUUGUGUGUUCACUGGAAUUUCACCGCUGGGAAAGGCAUCUGGGCUAAGGAUGGCUGCACUGCUCUGCAGACGAACAGCACUCACACCAACUGCAGCUGUUACCAUCUCUCCAGCUUCGCACUCCUUAUGGGUCUCACCGGAGAAGAGGACAGUUACACACUGAUCAUCAUCAGCCACGUGGGACUGACCCUCUCCCUGCUGUGCCUCUUCCUCGCCAUCCUCACCUUCCUCCUGUGCCGCUCCAUCCGCAAUGUCAGCACCUCCCUCCACCUGCAGCUCUGCCUCUGCCUCUUCCUGGCCGACCUGCUCUUCCUCACUGCAGUGAAGCGCACUGGCAUUCAGUAUUUCCAGGUGAUGUGUGCUGUCAUUGCUGGCCUCCUACACUACCUCUUCCUGGCCUGCUUCACCUGGAUGUUCCUGGAGGGGCUGCACCUCUUCCUCACUGUCAGGAACCUGAAGGUCGUGAAUUACACCAGCGCCAGCCGGUUCAAGAAGAGAUUCAUGUACCCGUUCGGCUACGGAUUCCCAGCCCUGGUGGUGGCUAUUUCUGCAGGGGUGAAUCCUGGUGGCUACGGAACUCCCACACACUGCUGGCUCAACCUGGACAAAGGUUUUCAUUGGAGCUUCAUGGGUCCAGUCUGUGCCAUAAUCCUGAUAAAUUUAACAUUUUUUCUUGUAACCCUCUGGAUCCUGAGAGACAAACUCUCCUCCCUUAAUGAAGAUGUGUCCACUCUCAAAGACACCAGGCUACUGACUUUUAAAGCCAUCGCCCAGCUCUUCAUUCUGGGCUGCACAUGGAGUCUUGGUUUCUUCCAAAUUGGCUCAGCAAAAAUGGUCAUGGCGUAUUUAUUCACCAUUGUCAACAGCCUGCAGGGAGCCUUCAUCUUCCUGGUGCACUGUCUCCUCAAUCGCCAGGUGAGAGAGGAGUACAGGAGAUGGAUUACAGGCAUAAGAAAACCCAGCCCCACAAUUCAAACUGGUAGUGUAUCUGUGUCCACUGUCACUACCAGCACCAAGAUGGCUCCAUGCACCACUCGCUCUGGAAUGGGCUGGGAAGAUGUUGGAUUUGACACAAAUUCAGUGAAUUGCGGAGAGCCCUCCACUUCAUCCCUGUGAAACAGUCACCUCUCCAACCAAUGAUGUUUAUCAUGCAGCCGGCUUUGCUGUGCCAGUGGGGCAGGUGCUUCAGCUGCCAUUCUUCAACAACUACAUACAAAACCUGGAAGGGGAAGCGGGAUUUGACCAAAUCCUCUCUCUGAUCCAAAUCCACAACUCCUACUGAAUUCAAAGGCCACCCUAGGGUUGUAUCUGGGUGUCUCUCCCAGAUUUAAAGAGCCAGAUCCCAGAUCAGAGAGCAGUUAUUUCUUAGGGAAAG